AUGUGGGCGGAGCGCCUCCUGGAGGGCGGGGCGGAGAAGGUCGAGGGGAAAAAGCCAGAGACGAGGCCAAGAGCACGCGGACGGAAGGGCAGGACGGAGGGCCAAGCGCUGCUCUUGAACCGCGGAAGGCGCAGCCCUAGUGACGCAGCCGCAGGAUCCACUGCAGCCAGGGCUGACGAAGUCCCGACUCGGAAAACACCCGUCGCUCCCAAAACCUCAGAGGACUUGGAAGGACAUGACGCCGAGGAGACUCCCGCGGCCCACGGGCAUCCCCAAGGGCAUUCUACGGCUCGAACAGCGCCUUACUCCCGCAGUGGCAGGAUCAGCGCCACCCUGCCGUCCGCGGCCGAGCUCCUACGCCCUGUCCCAAGGAAGUCCGUGCGCCGGGCCCUCCGCGGCGCCUGCACCAACUUCGACUUCGCCAAGUACCUGGACAAAAGCGUCAUUGUGAAACUUAACGGUAACCGUGUCGUCAAGGGGACCCUCAGAGGCUUCGACCCCUUUAUGAACUUGGUAGUGGAUGAUGGUGUGGAAUCACGCAGGAGUGGUGACCUUGCCAGAAUUGGUGUGUCG